CGUUUGUCGUCUUCGCUGGCGGUCGACGACAUAUGAAGGUCCAGCGGCCUUGUCCGCAGGCAUGCAAGGAGAAAGUUCAGCAGGACGUCACGUGCAAGGUCGCCUGUCGACGUCGAAUUCAUGGCAGAUUUGCAGAGGAGAUUGCCUUUGCUGCUGCUCGUGGUGGUCGUCUUCCUCCACGUGUGCUUGUCGUGCCGGCCGUGGAAGCAACGUCGAAAGCGCAGGGCGUCGACGAAACGCGCUGUGCUUCAAGAGGAACGUCCCAUGGCGGGCAUGAAGGCACACGCUAUUCUGCCUGCAGCUGAAGGCGGAAGAAGACCUGCGACGACGGAGCCUUCACGGCGGUACGACCCGUCCAUGUACAGCCAUCUGCCGUCGUGGGAGACGCCGCUGCCUCCCUCGGACGAGGAGCCGGAGGGGGAUGAACUUCCAACGUUUCCUCUCGCCAGCGGGUCGACGCAGCUGUUGUCGCAGACGGUGCUCGUAGGCGGGUCGGCGAGCAGCGAACAAGGCGAGUACACGUCACUCCUGCAGCAAGGGUUUUCUGGCGGUGCCAGGGAGGCGAGCCGCACGGUCAUCACCGCCGCCCAUGCUUCCGCACGUGGCCUGCAGCAGCCUCGAAGGGAGCAGACGGGACCUUCCACAGUACGUGGCGGCGCGUCCGUCGUUGGCGGUGUCAGGUCUUCGCCAACAGCCCGGCAGCAUGUAUCGAGUGCGCCGUCCGGGGAACGAUUGACGGAUAACUGGGAUGUGCGCACUGCUGCCGCAGCAGCGUCCCUACGCACCAGCGGUGCACGCUCGUCAAUGCUGAACCGAACAACGGCCUCGCCAUCCGAAGGGAGGGACGAGGGCGCCUGCAGACCACCGGCGGGUUCAGGAGUCAGUGUGGAGAACAUCACUCGAGGCGUGUCGAACAUGCGAGCACACAGCGAUGGCGGCGACGACGAUCGGUGUGGCGGUGACGAUGCCGACGACGGAUUCAGGGAGGAAGUAGAAGCGGGGGACGACGACGACAACAAUGCUGUUCGGCCUGUGGGGAAGACGGGUGGUAGGGGUAUUGGACGCAGCAACCGUGGUGGCCGUGGUCGAUCCGUUGGCCGUGGCGGUAGAGGUGGCGUCACUGACGACGGAGGGAAGUCUGCGACGUACUGGUCGACGGACGAGCAGAUGCUCCUCGUCAGAUGCAAGCGGGAGCAGGAUAUGCACCUCGCUGGGCUGGGCCACAAUUACGGCCAGAUGCGGACGAAGGAGUGGAAGUGGGUCGACAUUGCGAAGCGCAUGGCGAACGGUGGGAGCCCUAAAGACGCAGACGACUGCAUGAAGAAAUGGGACAAUUUGUUCCAAAACUACAAGAAGAUACAGAGGUUUCAGAACGCGAGCGGGCGGCCAGAUUUCUUCAAGUUGUCCAACGACGAAAGGAAGGAGCACAACUUCAAGUUCCGGAUGGAGAGGGUGCUGUACAACGAGAUCCACUCCGGCAUGUUGGGGAACCAUACUAUUUUCCCUCCCAACAUCACCGACACCGACAGUCCGGACGGGGUGCAGCUGCCCAGGAGAGGAGCGGAUGGUGGGGAGUCUGUUGAUAGUGAGGGCGGUGGUGACGGCUGCCCUGAAGAAAGAUCUUCUGCAAGGGACUCUGACGUGAACGCUUGCAGUGUUGCCGGAGGCGGGAAGCGUAAGAAUGCGCGCCAACAGGCGCUGGAGACCAUCGCUGAUGUCAUGGACCGCCAUGGCGAACUGAUGUCGUCGACGAUUGAAUCGUCCAGCAAACGGCAAUGAAGCAUUUCAUCGAGGCAGUGCGACAUACCGGAACG